AUUUUCUUUAUUUAUUUUAAUUAUUGUUUCAUCUUUGAAUAUUGUUUACAAUAAACAGACAAUUUGGAUCUCUUAAAAAUAAACUGUCAAAAUUUAUCUAGAAAAGAAUAUGGUAUGAAAAACAUGGCAAUAUAUUAGUAUUUAGCUAUUUACCAAUUUUUUUUAGUGUAUAUUAUAAAGUUUUGAUAACUCUUGCCAUUUCAGUCCUGUGGUGGGCCCCUGGCCCUCACCACCAUUAAGCUUAAGAGACAAGGAAGCACGUUUAACAGGUUCUAAUACUUUAGAGUUUUGACCUAAUAAUAUUUUGUGCGUUGGAUUGAGAAGGAAGCAAAACGAAAAGGCUGCUGCUGCUUAGGAGAGAUCGUGUGAUACAGAUAGUCAUCGUUGUCGUCUCUCUCGACCAUGGAAAUAUCGAGGAAGAAGCUUACAAACGGAAGCGUAAACUCAUACUCCCUUUCUCUUGAUCUCAGGAUAGAGAUAUUCAAACGGUUGCCACUGAAAUCCCUAAUCAGAUCACUAUGUGUAGCUAAGCAAUGGGCUUCCAUCAUCCGCGGUCGAUCUUUCAUGAAACUAUUCCUGAAUGAGUCCUUGACUAGACCAAAAAGUGUUGUCUUCGUGUUCAGAAAAAGAUAUGAUGGUUUAUCUUACUCAGAAGUUAGCCUAAAAAUUGCACAUGAACUAGUACCAUCUUCUUCCGAUGCUGCUUCUUCUUUAGCCACUUACCAUGUGACUGUCCACACCCUACAGCGCACGAAAAUAUCUCCUUCAGUCCACGGGUUGAUUUGCUAUGGACCACCUUCUGAACUCAUCGUCUAUAACCCUUGCACUAGACGAUCCGCUACAUUGCCCAAGGUUAAUGCAGGGAGGAGGGCCAUAAACCACUACUUAGGCUAUGAUCCCAUCAACAACGAUUAUAAAGUGUUGUGCAUCAUCAGAGGUAUGCCUCAGCUGAGUAACAGACGCGGUUUAGCUGAGGAGAUACUUGUUUUGACACUGGGAUCAUCAACUCAUCAGGAUUCAUGGAAGAUGAUGAAUAUUCAAGACAAUAUCAUUCCUCAUCACUCUCCUCUAAGUGAGGAACUGUGCAUCAAUGGUGUUUUCUAUUAUCGAGCUUUUACUGGCAUAAAACUAAAUGCUUCUGCGAUCAUGAGUUUUGAUGUUAGGUCUGAAAAGCUUGCUCUUAUCAAAGGACCUUGCACCUUUCCCACUUUCUCGAAGUUGACAAGGUACGAGGAAAAGCUAGCUGUCAUCUUCUAUAAAAAGAAAAUCAGUGGUAUUAUUGCCUUGUGGAGUCUACAAGAUCCUUCUAAGGAGGAAUGGUCCAAGAAGACAUUUGUUUUGCCUGCCGCUGUAACAGCCAAACAUUUUCAUAGGUUUCAAACCACUGCCACUGACACGGGCGAGAUUAUUGAUACACCAAUCCACGAGCAUGCAUCACAAACUAGCUUUGUCUUUUUUGAUCUCAAGAAUGAUAGUGUGAGAAAUUUUAAUAUCGAAGGAAUCACAGACGAGUAUAUGUUUUGUCAAUCGGACUUUGUUUCCGCUGGUCAGGUUGAGAAUCUCAUGUUUCUAUAAGAGUUGAAGGAGAAGAUUAUUGCUCAUUCUUCCAGUUCCUCUCCACACGGUCUUUUGUUAUUCUGUUAGUUUCUCUAUCCGAGAAGGUUGUUUGUUCAUCAAUCACUGUUUAAGUUUUAUAUUUGCUUUUCAGUUCCUUGUAGUUUACCAAAUUUCCAUAUAUUAAUUGUGCUCCACUGCCGGUCAUCCUAACUUGCAGGCUACAACUGGUAAUGAAUGGCUCAACAUCCUUUUAUAGCAGAGGAAAAUGUAGUUUUAAGAACAGUUCCAUGCCUGAGAAAUCGAAAACCAAUCGUCAACAAAAGAUAGUAUUAUUAUAUAGUUUAGUUAUAGUGUUUUGAUCCCUUUGUCAUGAAGUUUUCAAAAGUUCUUGAAUAAGUAGCAAUUCUCAUUCUCUUAUUUUCUUCACUAUUUUAAUGUUUAGAUUUCCUUUGAUUUAUGCCUAUUUCUAAAAUAAAAACUUCUGAGUACAAAGUGUCAACUUUAAAGUAUUCGUAAGUUACCUCUUUCACUUUUGAAGGGAAUUAAUAAAUGAUUACCUUUGAUGGUAAACAGCAACACCUUAGUCGUUUUUCUUCACACCAACUUCAAUGUAACAAAAAGAAAACAUGUUUACCUUUAAAACAUAUAUCAUGUAAACAUAAAAUCAGUGCUUUUAAAACCGAACCGAUCCGAUGGUUGAACUGGAUUCGACCAUGAACGGUGACAUAACCAAAUUAGGAUCUAAUAAUUGGUUCAACUAUGAACUGUUCACGUAGUCGGAUUGGAUCUCAUAGUUAUUAAAUUGAUAAAAAUCAUUAAAACUAUAAAAAAAUCAAUAAACCAUUUAUAUAAAGAUAAAACCAUUCAGUUGGAAGAUAUCAUUAUAAACAUAAAUAAAGAUCCAUGUUGAUACUAAUAAACCAAAUAGAAACAUUAAACAAAAUAACUUAUCUACUAAAGAAACUAAAUUUAGAAGACACUCAACUGUCAUAAUCACAAGUGCUACUGCUAACAACUUUAUGAAAAAGUUUUCGAAGUCUUCAAAAGCCAACACAUCAUCCCCCUAGGAUGGUUGUGGAUAUUCAUGUCCUCGACAUAGAUACUCAUGAAUGAAGAUGCAUUUUAACGUGGUUAAUCUCUUUUGAAAACACUUGUACACCUUUAGCUCCACUAUGGAUUUGAUAAGACACUUAUGUUGCUCCAUCAUGAUAAACCCAUUAGUUCCCCAUUCUACACCUUGGGGGUCUUGGACCUGGCAACAUUCAAUCUCAUCAAUCAUAUCAUAGCCUCUCAACAAGAGACGGUGAAUGGAGAACUUCUCAAAGGUAAUCAAGUGGCAAUCCAUGUCCGUUGGACGAAAAAUCUCUAAAAAUAAAAACAUUUUUAUUUUAAUAUUUAUAUAAAUAAUUUAUAAACCAAAUAGAAAAGACUAAACAUAUCGACUUACUUUUCCAUAUGUUAUAUUGAAAGACUUAAAACCUGAAAGAUAUUCCGUUGUUAUUGUGAUGGGUGAUACUGAUAACAACUUUUAAUGAAGCUCUCAAAAUCUUCAUGAUUUGAAGCAUCAUCACCCCUAGGAAGGCGGUGGACUUUCAUUUCCUUUGCAUAGUUUUUCAUGAAAGCUCUCAAAAUCUUCAUGAUUUGAAUCAUCAUCACCCCUAGGAAGGCGGUGGACUUUCAUUUCCUUUGCAUAGUUUUUCAUGAAAGCUCUCAAAAUCUUCAUGAUUUGAAGCAUCAUCACUCCUAGGAAAGCGGUGGACUUUCAUUUCCUUUGCAUAGUUUUUCAUGAAAGUAGAUGCAUUCCUAAUCCGGUUGAUCCCUUUUCCAGAUGCUUGAUAUGCAGCCUCAACACCAUUAAGAAGAUCAUCAACUGUUAUCCACAGACUUGCCAAAUAGGUUUCUCUUUGUUGCAUACCCUCUCUGAAGGGGAAUAGCCCAACAAUCGUCUACUAAAAGAUUAAAAAAUGUUAUGUCACUUCAAAUAUAAACUAUUCUCACACAUAUAUUUUUUAACUUACAUAUUUUUUGUUCAUAAGAUUUAACAGUUAUCUCUGGUGUCUUCUUGGUCCAAGAGAAUGGCGUUUGGCGAGAGGUCUGAAGAUUUGUAUCUAACGGCAACAACAUCUGAAAGUGAGGAAAUGAAAUAAACAAAAACAAAUCAUACACAUUAUUAUUAUAGCAAUAUCAUUAGAUGACUUACCAUAGAGAUUUAAUGGUGUUUUAAGAGGAAUGUCCAAGAUCUAUUGCAAUCUGCAGCAAACAACACAACUUUAGAGCUGAUUUUGUGCAUUUUGUUUUUCUUUGGAAUUAGUUUUUCAACUCAAAUCUAAUCGUUCAUCAAUUAGUCUUCUUCUUGAGAAUGAAAAUUUCAGUUAUAGACAUAUUCAUCCAGGAUACAACUCAGUGUUGGACUUAUACUUUGAAUUUUGAGCAUUAUGUCUAAAUUAAAGAAGAAGAAUUAUAACCAAACCCAUUUAUAAAUGGAUUGAUUUUUAGGAUUACACUAUUUUCAUCCAUUUGUUUAUAAACCCACUGAGAAUAUGGCUUCCAUAUACAUACAUAAUGCAUCUAAACCAACCAACAAUUAGAUUAUGUUUGUCUAAGUUCGUGUUUGAUGUUAUAUGUUGCUUUAUAGAGACUAUUGUGACCUUGUCUUAAAAACCAAGUUCUUGUUUCGGGAAAGGAGCAACAUUGUGGAACCAAAUCGCCGACUCUUCUAUUGAUAAAGAGGAUAAAAACAGGAUAAAUUCUUGAAAAAAUUCAGAAAAUAUGUGGAGAGAAUGGCUCAGUGAACAGCCCGUAACAAGAAUAAAAAAACAUGAAAUGAUGACAAACGAGUGGCAAAGUAAUAAGACGGAAUGAUUUUGGUCAGAGCCGGUCCUAGGAUGUAUAAGACUAGAAGCAAAAUAAAAAAAAGUGACCACUUUUAAAAGGAAAAAAAAUGAUCUAGGUGAGAUUCGAACCCAGGUUAUCCAUACUAAGACUCUUUUUUUGAUGACAUACCACUGGACUAAGACAUAGUUUUAUUUAGAGCAUCUCCAACCUCACUCCAUAUUUUACUCCAAAAUGGAAAAAAUGGAGUGAAAAAUGGAGUGAUGAACAAAAAAUAAAAGCAUUACUCUAUAAAUGGAGUAAUCCUUUUAUUUUUUGUUCAUUACUCCAUUUCUCACUCUAUUUUCUCAAUUUUGGAGUA